CCUUUACCCCUCUUCUCCUACCUUACGAAUCCCUCUUGCUUUCUUGGCUGCCGCCUCCUCCCUCGGGACCUCCUCACCACGGAGAAGAGAUCUCCUCUACCGGGCGAGCAGGAGAGCAGGGGAGAGACAUGGGCGGGCGGGUGGAUCACGAGUACUCGUACCUUUUCAAGAUGGUGCUCAUUGGGGACAGCGGCGUUGGCAAGUCCAACAUCCUCUCUCGCUUCACGCGCAACCACUUCUCCCUCGACUCCAAAUCAACCAUCGGCGUUGAGUUCGCCACCAAAUCCCUGCAGAUGGAGGGCAAAACAAUAAAGGCUCAGAUCUGGGACACGGCCGGGCAGGAGAGGUACCGUGCCAUUACAAGUGCGUACUACCGUGGUGCUGUUGGAGCUCUACUCGUAUAUGACAUCACAAAGAGGCAGAGCUUUGACAAUGUUCACAGGUGGCUGCGUGAGCUCCGCGACCAUGCUGAUUCCAGCAUUGUGAUCAUGAUGGUCGCCAACAAGUCUGACCUGAUACACUUGAGGGCUGUUUCUGAGGAUGAAGGCAAAGCGUUGGCAGAAAAGGAAGGGUUAUUCUUCCUGGAAACAUCAGCUAUGGAGGCGGUAAACGUGGAGGAAGCCUUCCAGACUAUAAUCUCGGAGGUCUAUGGCAUUGUGAACAGGAAAGCGCUGGCUGCCAAAGAAAUGGCAGCUGCAGCAGCUCCACUGCCUUCCCAGGGCAAGACCAUCAGCAUUGACAGCACUUCAGAAAACACAAAGAAGGCAUGCUGCUCUACUUGAAAUGUAAUUGGGCUUCGGACAUCAUAUUAUAGAGAACUUUGGGCAACAAAUGUUGGUAGAAAGCGGAGCAUAGUACUCAAAUGGUGUUGAGGGAAUAUCUAUUCGUACCUUGUUUUUUCUUUGUUGCGUGAACUCGCUGGAUCAUAUGCAGUUUGUUCAGUGUUUCUGAAUCAAAAGUUAGAUGUGUGUAUUAGGAUUCAUUCCAGUUGCAUUCUGGAAAUUACAUGCCACUGCAGUAUAUCUAAUAAUUAUAUGGUCAAAGUUACAAAAUUUAAUAGUGAUAUUCUCAGCA